AUGAGACCUCUUCUACACAGGUUGCUCCCUCUGAGGGCUUCCAGAGACUUCUCGCUUCACCUGCGCCAGCGGCGCCAUGUCAUUGCCAGAGCUGCGCAGGUCGCUCUGGAGGCACGGGUGCCUGUGAAGGAGCUGCAAGAGGACGUCGCCACGAGAUUUGCUCGGGCUGCGAGGGGCGCGCCGCCGAACAUCAGCAGCGGCCAGCUUGUGCAGAUCUUGUUCGAGGUCGGAGUUGCCGAUGUGAAGACCCACACGGUGGGUGAAGUGGUGAACUUCCUCAUGGAGCACGGCUUCUAUCGCCAGACCCACCCGCAGAAGCGCGACUCCUACGGCCCGGUCCCUCCACCCACGCUCGGCCUCGCGGAAGCCCAGCGCUGGGCCACCCUGCUCUUCUUCAGGCGCAUGCAGCAGAGGCCCCAACUUAUCGAAAAGGGGACCAGGGCCACAACGGAGGCCCCCGGGCCGAUCUGCGCCAGCGUCUGGUGCCAAUGCCCACCUGGGGCAGCAGGGACGGCCCUUUGUGCCCUGGCCAAGAAGUACUGA